AGACAGAAGAAAAGACUUGGAAAACAUGAAAAUGUGCUGUUCUCAAAAGGGAGAUGAAACUGCCCCAAGCCCAAUGCCUGAAACCAACGAGGACCAAAGCUUGGCCCAAGAGCUCAAAGAUCUCUUGAAUAGACUAGCUUUGACAAACAUGCAAUAUAAUAAAUUGAAGACAACAGACAUUCUUGCAAUAACUUCAUUUCAAUACCUGGAACCACAAAAAGAGACUGAACUGGUAAACUCAUUCCUACAAAAGUUGCUGAACAUGGACUACAGAGCAAGAUACACUGUCAUAAAGCAGGAAGGGAAAGAAGAUGACCAAAAAACACCUGCCUCCAAGAAAGAAGGCGAGGAAGAGGGAGCAAACUACAACCCCACUGUUAUCUCAGGGAAUCACUAUAGUACUCACCCAAUGGAUGUUCAGAUGGCUGUGUUUCACUGUGCUGAUGGUUUCUUAAAACAGCUAAUGGUGACUAAACUCUCACAGUGUCAGUAUGCUCUGCCUCUACUUGUACCUGAUCCAUUCACACAACACAUUGAGUUCCCUCUCUGGACAUUUCAGCAAAUCAGCAAGACCUGGAAAGCAACAGAUGAAAUGGGUCAAACAUGUUGCCAUUUCCAGCCAGUCUACAAGGCAGAAUCUCCAAUGGUGGCUUUCUUCAGAUUUGGCUCUCUGUCGACAUCCAAAUCUCAGCUGAUGAACUCCCUCAUUAAUGAGAAGCACAACACGUUCUUCCACAGGAACUGCCCAGGCAGCAGCAGAACCAGAGUACUGAUGGAUGGAGUGGUGGAGAUCGCUUGGUACUGUCCCUCUGGGACAAAUACAGAUACAUUUUCUGACUGUGUUGCAUUCUGUAAUCUCCAUGGUGACGCAGGAGCCAACGAGGAACAAUAUGAGAUUUUGACCAAUAUGGCUUCUAUGAAUGUCCUAUUUUUACCUGAUUUUGGACAGAAGAACCACUACAAGGGCUUGGUAAGAUCACUCUUCAAAUCUCCUCAGGCUCUCAUUUGUCUGCUCACUGAGAAUGACUGUGAUAAAACUAAACUGGGUGGUGGAAAAUAUAUAAUUGGUCUUUUGAACAAAAACCAAUCUGAUGUAUCUAAUCAGAUAAGGGAGACAAUCAAAGUGAGCCUGAGUGUGCAGAAGAAGACAUUUAUACUCGAAGAUGUGGCCCAACACACAGGAAUCAGAGUAGACGGGGAUGAUCCAGAGUGCAAGAAAGGGAAAGAGGCAGCACUCCAAAUGAUGGGACUAUUUGCUGGAAUGGAACCAUCAACAGUGAAAGAAGCAAACCUGCCCUAUCAGGGGAAUCUGUGGGUUGAAUGGUGUAAAAUCAACAAAAAACUGCAUCAUCUAGAAGGAGAAAAUCUUGAGGAAGAUAAAAGUACCAAACUGAAGCUCAUGAGAAAUAUACGAGAAAAGCAAGUGGCACAAGGGUUGAGUGAGUUCAUGAUAAUGUUUAUUGAAAAACUGAAAUCACAGAGAGACCAUGAAAAAAGAUAUUUCCUGAAGUGGAUGCAAAAUUUGUUGGAUGAUUUCACUUCAGAUAAGCUCCGCGGACUUCAUAAGGAGUAUGAUGCAAAAUGGAAUGAAGUCUCAGCUUUGAAAAAGAAGCCUGAUCAACUAGACCGACUACAGAUUGAACAAACAAGACUGGAACAAAUAUCAGAGCAAAUCAAUAAAAUAACCUUAGGCAUAGAACACAUCCUGAGAGAAAUUGGUCAGAUAUAUGAAUCGUGGUCAUCUGUGAAGAGGAACGAGAAAGACCUGCAGUUUGACUUGUUUUCUCUGCCGAGUCUUGCAGCAGAGAUGAUGAUAUCUGGAUCUCCAAUGGAGCUGAUGGAUGGAGAUGCUGCUCAUAUUCCUUUGACCUGGGUUACUGCUGUUCUAGAUGAACUCAUCAAGAAACUGGAAGACCAGAGUGUCUUUGUGCUGUCAAUUUUAGGCAUUCAGAGUUCUGGGAAAUCAACCAUGCUGAAUGCCAUGUUUGGACUCCAGUUUGCAGUCAGCGCUGGCAGGUGCACCAAAGGAGCUUUCAUGCAGCUGGUCAGAGUGUCAGAGGUGAUGAAAGAAGAGCUGAAGUUUGACUAUAUUCUGGUGGUUGAUACUGAGGGGCUCCGUGCACCAGAAUUGGAUGGCAGGUCAACCAGAUGUCGUGACAACGAAAUGGCCACCUUUGUUGUUGGUCUUGGAAAUAUGACCUUGAUCAAUAUCUUUGGCGAAAACCCAUAUGACAUGCAGGACAUUCUGCAAAUUGUUGUUCAGGCCUUCCUGAGGAUGAAGCAGGUCCGAUUGACUCCCAGCUGCAUGUUUGUGCAUCAGAAUGUUUCAGACAUCACAGCUGGAGAGAAAAACAUGGAGGGAAGAAGACGACUGCAAGAGACACUGGAUGAAAUGACAAAGCUUGCUGCGCUAGAGGAAGUGUCAGAUGCAGAAUGUUUCAGCGAUGUCAUUGCAUUCGAUGUUCAGAACGAUGUGAAAUAUUUUGCACAGCUCUGGGAAGGCAGUCCACCAAUGGCACCGCCAAACCCACACUACUGUGGAAAUGUUCAAGAGCUAAAGCAAACUAUUCUUUCUCAUGCCUCAAAAUCAAACGGCAUGACGCUGACUCACCUAAAAAAACGCAUUCAAGAUCUCUGGGAGGCUUUGCUUGGUGAACAAUUUGUCUUCAGCUUCAAGAACUCUCUGGAAAUCGCAACGUAUAGGAAACUAGAGACUGAAUACAGCAAAUGGACCUGGAUUCUUCGGAGUGCCAUGCUGGAAAUUGAAAACACACUACACAACAAAAUAGAAAAUGAAGUGAUUCAUGAGGUCAAGGAAACUGAUCUUCAAAAAUUACUACAUGUGCAAAGUACAGAAGUGAAAAAGAUGAUGUCAGAAUUCUUUGAGAAAGACAGAGAUGCAGUUAUGCUGAACCAAUGGAAAGCCUCAUUUGAAAUUAAAAUCCUGGAGCUUCAAGGGAACAUUUUUAGGGAAACAAUGAGGAAAUUAAAUGAUGUUCUCCAGCAGCGUGACUUGAAGAAAAAGAUUGAUGCUCGGAGGACACAUCAUGAAAACAUUCUCUUUGAAAAGAGCAAAGAACUUGCCUUGAAACUUAAAGAGAAAGCAGAGGAUGAAAAUAUAAUGAAUAAAGAGUUUGAUUCCUUUUGGGAACAGCAGAUGGAAGAAAUCAUCAGAGAUACUCCUCCAGUCAAAACUAUUGACAUAAUAAGAGAUCUCAAAGAUAUCCUCAAUGACACUUAUGAAAGUCUCCCUGUAGACCAUAAGAAAAAGAGCAGUAAAUACAGUGAUAUGUGCGCUGUGCCAAGCUAUUCCGAAUAUGUAAAGUUAAAGAAGUCCACGAGAGUUGCAGAAUCUCUUACAAAUGUCUACAGAGGAGCUAAAGAGUUGCUUGGUCGUGCUUUAUCUAAGAAGGACGAAGUCCAGAUAAGAACCUUAAUCGCUGGCAUUACUGAGCAGACAGAUAAAAUGAUUAUGUCAUAUAACAUUGCAAAAAUGGGCUACAACAUUAGCUGCAUUCAACAACUUGUAGAUUACAUAAAGACAAGAUUAAAAGAACACGAGGAAGGGCAGAAAUAUCUGUUCAAGAGAGAAUUCUUCAUGGAUUUGGUACUUUACAUUUGUCAAAGGGCAAACAAGACAUUCACUGACCAACACAAAAUGUUCAGGGAUGUCAAUGAUCCUGUUAUUUACUCUGAGAGGAAGAGGGAAGAGUACUACAGAAUUUUCAUGAAACGCUGUCAAGGGGCAACAUCAACUGCCAUUUUUGGUAAAUUUAUUUGUAAUAAAUUUAAAGCUCCCAUUCAGCAGCAUGUCUACAAAAAAACCGCCAGAGAGUUGGCGGAUGAAAUGAAGACAAACCGUGAGUCGCUGAAUGGGAACAGAUCCAACCUAGAAAAACACAUCCUCAAGACAAUGGCAGAAAAGGAGAAUUUUAAAACAUAUAUGACUUACAUACAUAAUCCCAGAGAAUACUUCAAGAGUUUCAUCAGGGAUGAAGUCAGUCAGUACAUCACUGAAAGAUUCCAAGAUAGUGUUCAACCCAAGAUGGAAAAAUGCAUCCUGCCGCUGCAGCAGAAGAUCAUAACCGCAGUACAUGAAUCCACCAAACAGGUUCAGGAGAUCAAUGGAGAUGCCGAUUUGUGGUUGAUUUCUUUCACACACCAGAUCUCCGAUGUGCUGAUAUUCUCUGUAAGUGAUCUUAGAGGAGUGAAUCAUGAUGAUGUUGAUCUCAGCCUCCUAGAAGAUGUGAUAAAAGAAGAACUACCUUCUAUAAUAUCUGAUAUAAGCAGCGAAUUCAGCACAGAAACAUUUCCAGUAUAUCUGGACUACACAGACAGGCCAGAUGAGAUUCUGAUUGAUCACUUUUGUCAGUGCUGCUGGGUUCAGUGUCCUUUCUGUGCAGCCAUCUGCACCAACACGAUGGAAGACCAUCCUGGAGAUCAUAGUGUUCCUUUCCAUCGUAAUACUGGUCUGAAUGGUUGGUUUUACAGAGGAACAACUAACCUAUCUAUCAGCAUCUGCACAUCAGCAGUGGCCAGUGAUCGAUCAUUUCAUCCAGAUGAAUACAGAGUUAAAUUCCCAUGGAAAGAAUACAGAAAAGCUGGUCCUAAAUAUGCUAACUGGAGGAUCACCUCUGACCUAUCUGAGCUACCAUAUUGGAAAUGGUUUGUGUGCCGAUUUCAGAAAGAUCUGGAAAAGUACUACAAUAAAACCUUUAAUGGAAGAGGGAGGAUUCCAUAUGAAUGGAGACUGUACUCUCAAGAGGAGGCUGUUGUGAGUUUGGAUAAAUACAUUUGAUGGAAAAGAUGAAGAAUGUGACUAGGAGUUUGAAAUUAGUUUCUGUUCCACAUUACAGUGACUGUGAAAUAUAUACUAAACUAAAUAUAAACAGCUUGUAGCAAAGAAGCACUUCACAGAAUAGUUUAAAAUGUAUAAUGUUAAGACUCUUUUCUUCAGAAGCAACUGAUCUACACUUUAAGGCAGAAAAUAUAUGAAUAUUAUAUUUUGAGAAUUAUACUUAUAGGUGACAAAUCUCAUUAUUAAUCACUAUGGGUACUUAGUUAGUUACUUUUUUUUUUCUUCAUAAAUUCCUGAUUCUGAAAGUUCUGUUUGCUUAAAUACUUUCUCAAAAUAUUCUCGCUGAAUAAUGAAUGAUUAUCCACAUUUUUUAAAUGUGUAAAAUGAUUAGCAAAAUAUUCUAUGAAGUAAACUCUGAACAAAGCCCAGUGAUAAGAAAUGUUAUUGUUAUUUUUUCCAUAUUGCAGGAAUAAAUAUAUCAUUACAUCAAGUUUCAACAGUGAUGAUGCCAACAAGUUUUUAAAUCCAAGUGUUCACAUUCCUGUCACUGUCAUUGCAAUGUCAAGGCAUGGUUUAAUCCGUCUACUGUAUUGACACACUUCAAAAACGUUUCUUAUCUCAUGAGUAAAGUUAUAGCUCACAAUUGUAAUAUUCCUAACAUUCAUUGUAAUACUUGGGUACAUUAGGCUGAGUAACACCAAUUCACUUUAAAGAGAACUACCUGUCUUUUAAACAUGUGGCUACAUUUGGGUCAUUCUCUAGAUUAUAUAAUCAGAUGCACAGGUCUGAACCUGCUAGGCCUGCCCUACCUCUAGCAGUACCCUUCAGUCUUCCAGCGAUGGGGUCAUCAGCCGGGAGACACCCAUCACCUUUGUUUCGCUCCAUUAAACCCAGAACAUAUCCUGAUGGUGGGGCGGCAGUCAGGGAUGUCUCACUGCCACUCCCGGCAGCUGGACACCGGACCCUUUCCACUGCUUCUCAUUGUUGCAUUCAGAUCAAGACAUUCCUCCUUUACAGAUCAUACCAUGUAUCCGGCUUUCAAUACCCCCCACCCCCAUGAGCAGUCCUAUCCUACUUCCAAUGCCUCUUUUCUGUAAUGGGGCUUUUCCACUGCACGGUUCAACUCGACUGCUCACUUUUUGGGGGUUUUCCACUGUGGAUAGAUCCUGGUACCUGAUACUUUUUUAGUGCCACCUCAGUCGAGGUUCCAAGCGUGCCGAGGCGAUAGUAAACGUGGCGUCAAAAUCCAGCAGAUCACUGAUUGGUCAGGGAGAAUCGUCACAACCAGCGUCACUGGAUUUCCGACAUGCGACAUCAACCCGCUAGUUUUAAAGUUAGCAACAGCGAGAACAGUAUCAUUUGUUCAGGCGACUUUCGAAUUGUGAAAAAAGAAAAUGGCUGUGCGCAAAACCACGCCGUAGUCAAUAAACGAGGUACAUGCGGUCCACUCGUUAGCGAUGAGUGAAACGAAGUGUCUCAGCUGUUGGCCGCACACGGCUUCCACCGGACCUACCAACAGCGUAGGGAAGAGUUAAAAAAACUUAAAGUGACUACAGAACCACCAAGGAAAAGUGGAAGUGGUUCGACCAAAUGGACGCUAUCUUAACCGGCGAGCAAUGGGAGGGAGAGUGCCCUGGACUGGCGUUGAUCCAUGAUGGCGGGUGGUACGUUUUGUUGCGUUAACUCUAUACUCUGCUUGAAAGCUUCACUUUAUUUAGUUGACCAGCUACUGGAAGCUUCUAAAACAACCAGACCAAUUUAACUGUUACACUUGUGUAAAAUCACCAUGCAACAACUGCUUUAUGCAGCACAAUGAGCUAGUAGCUAACAGCUAGCGGUCGUGUUAUUGUUUUAGUCAGUUUGUGUCGCGUUUAAGAUGAUGUCACGGCAGUAGAGACGGCGUAACUAUGACGAUCAGCCUAUAAUCCCACCCACAUUGAGAUGUCACUAAACUGCAGUGGUAAUGUAAGCUCAGAAAUGUAAAGCGAGUAGAGUUGAGGCGAGUCCAACUGUAAUGUGCAGUGGAAAUGUGCCACUAGAAAAUACUAGUUAUUAUACUACGGCUAUCACCUUCUAAUGCCUGUACUUAAACCAAUUCCCUAACAGAUUAAGUAGGAUAGCGCCGUGAGAGCUGAGCCGCGAGACAGCGUCAGCCGCCCCUCCCACUUUCAGUCUCCCAGACUUUUUGAAGUUGUGGUUCAAUCACCAAAGUUAAAUGCUUUUUAAGAGUUAUUCAUUGUAAUGAAUUAAAAUAAUUAUAGCAUUAAAAUGAUCUUUAUCACAAAAUAAUGUCUUCUUUCUAUCUUAUACCAAGCAUUUUGUUGUGUACCUUUGGCACCUCACUGAAUUUGUACCUAGGAAAUAAUAAAUAUAAUGUGCAUACCAUC